AAAAAAGCCAGCACGACUGCCAUGCCUCUGCCCAGCGUGUUUAUUGGCUGGAUUGAAUAGACCCAUACAUCAAGCGAUGUUUUUGCUGUAUUACUAAUUCAAAUCAAACUAACAUAUGGUGCACUAUGUGUUGCAAACAAUAUAAAUACAUCCAGGUUUCCUCCACUAAUUCUGGCUUUUCGAUUCUAUUUUCACUAUUAUCUCUAAGAUCUUUAUAGGAUACCUUGCUUACGAAAUUAAAUCUGGUGUUGAUUAGAUAUGUCUUGUUCUUGUGUUUGCUCUAGUUCUGGUCCUGGUAAUUCAUUGGAGGGCUCUUCCUGUGGUAAGGCUAAGCCAGAGGUUCUCUCUAAUGUUGUUGAUUGCUGCAAAAACUGCUGUGAACUGAUUUGCGAUGAUAGCUCAGCUGGCGAGAAAGAAAAAUGUGCUGAAGUUUGCAAAAAAUUGUGUGCUGAAUGUUGUCAAAAAUGCUUUGAAAAAUGUUGCAACAAUUCAUCAAAUGAAAAAUUCCAAGAGUUUUGCGAUAACUUCUGCAAAGAGUUUUGUGAAAAGUUUUGUAGCAGUUACAACAAUCUUUCAAAGGAUUCUGUUCAAGACUUUUCUCAAAAGUUCUGCGACGAAUUUUGCAAUGAUUUUUGCAACGAUUUUUGCCAAAAAUAUGGUUGUUAGUUAGUUGAUAUAUAAUUUUAUGAAAAUAAUAUUUUAUUAUUCACUUUUUGUUUUUAGUUAAUCACUAUUUUUAAAAUCUCUUCAAAUACAGAUUCUCUAGGAAGAUCA